CGAGUAUAAAACCAUAAGCGACUCUUACGGAUCAUUACAGAGCCGCACAAACCUGCAGCCAUGAGGACAGCGUUAGUGAUACUGUCGUUGGUGGCGGCCAUAGCGGGCGAGGCGCCCUACCACCUCCCGCGGCCGGGGGUAAACGCACCAGUGUUCAACUACCCUUCAGCGCCUGCUCCUGCACCUGCUCCUGCGCCUGCGCCCCUUCUACCCGCACCGCAGUUCCAGCCUCAACAGCAGCAGUUCAACCCUAACUUUGGCUACAACUACCCGGCUCCUCAGCCGCAAUACAUCCAGCCAGCACCCCAGCACCAUCCCCACCCACCCCCACCUCCUGCUCACCACCAUCACCACCACCACCACCAGGCGCCCGCUCCAGUCUACAUACCCUCACCUGCCCCUCAACCCAUAUUUCGUCCUCAACCACUACCCGUGAUUCAACCUCAGCCACAACCUAUUUACCAUCAGCCCAGUCCCUCAUAUGGAGUGCCUCAGGCAUUUGCACGAGCACCAGUGCAACAAGCUCCAUUACCCGUGUUCGCCCCUCAACCGGCACCACAACCUCAAGCACAAGUAAACUCUAUCAGCCAGGUGUACCAGCCCAUUUCCUACUACCAGCAACAACAACAGCAACAGCAACAACAGUACUCGCAGCAAGGAUACAACUACCAGCAGCCUCAACCACAGUUCCAGCCACAGCCUGUGCCCCUCCAGGCUCAGCCACUGCUUCAAAACUCUGCACCUGUACUAUCCAGCUACCAGGCUGACUCUAACCAGUACAACAUUGCUCAGGAACAAGUCCACAGAGAUGCUCUAGACUCUGUCGUAGUGAACCGUGUGCAGAAUAUAAUCAAAGACGAUGAGCACAGCGUUGCACGUAAUGCUGGAUACCAGUCCUUAGUGUCGGGGGUGUCUCUCGGACAAGCCAAGCCUAGCGUAGAAAUCACUUCCUUUGUCCACACAUCACCUGUGGUGACCAGCUCUGGACAUAGCGCUCAAUUAUCGUCAACAUCAUCAUCGUCAAGCUCAUCCUUGGCGUCUUCUGCAGUAUCACUACCUUCAACGGACUAUGGAGUGCCUUCUGCGCCUGCUGCCAUUAGCUCCCAAUCUGCAGAGUCAUCUGCUUCAUACAAUUUCUUACCACAGAACAAGCCAGCCAUAUCAUACGGACCACCAAACUAAUUAGGUUACGUCUCAGUAUUGUACAAAGAGCUUUGUAAAUAGUCGUCUUUUUAAGACAUUUUGUAAAUAAAGUACAAAAUAAACCGU